CUGAUCCCAGCGAAACCACUGGGCUAAGGGCAUGGGACUCUGAAGACCUCUGUUUCUCCUAGAAGAGUGACAAAAUAAGCAGAGAGAUGGGAAACCCAGAAAACAUUGGAGAUGCGUAUGUUGCUGUGAUUCGUCCAAAAAAUACUGCUAGCCUGAAUUCUCGGGAAUAUCGAGCUAAAUCCUACGAAAUUUUGUUGCUUGAAGUUCCCAUUGAAGGCCAAAAGAAAAAAAGAAAGAAAGUUUUGUUGGAAACAAAAUUGCAGGGAGGCACUGAGAUAACCCAGAGCAUCUUGGAUUAUGUAUUAGAAGCCACCAAACCAAUUUCACCAGCCAAUCAGGGUAUUAAAGGAAAGCGCGUAGUGUUAAUGAAGAAGUUUCCUCUUGAUGGAGAGAAGGCAGGCCAGGAGGCGUCACUUUACAUUGUUCCAGCUGUUGUGAAAGAUAAUACGAAAUAUGCGUACAGUCCUGGAUGCCCUGUGUUCUACUGUUUACAAGACAUCAUGAGAGUCUGCAGUGAAUCCAGCACCCAUUUUGCUACGCUUACUGCAAGAAUGUUAAUUGCCUUGGAUAAGUGGUUGGAUGAACGGCACACCCAGUCUCACUCCAUCCCGGCUUUAUUCAGACCAUCUCCUCCUGAGAGAAUUAAAACAAAUGUAACAAACCCUGCCUAUGCUAUAGAACCUGGUCGAACAGAGAGCUCGUUACACAUGGGUUAUACUGCCCUGGAAAUAAAGAGUAAAAUGCUGGCAUUGGAGAAAGCAGAUAUGUGUAUCUAUAAUCCUUUGUUUGGCUCUGACCUUCAGUAUACCAAUAGGGUUGACAAAGUGGUAAUAAACCCAUACUUUGGCCUUGGAGCCCCAGACUAUUCAAAGAUUCAGAUUCCUAAAAGAGAAAAGUGGCAACGUAGCAUGAGCAGUGUCACAGAGGACAAGGAACACCAGUGGGUAGAUGAUUUCCCUCUUCACCGCAGUGCUUGCGAAGGCGACUCUGAUUUACUAAGCCACCUUCUGGAUAAGAAGUUUUCUGUUAAUCAGUUAGAUAGUGACCACUGGGCACCUAUCCAUUAUGCGUGCUGGUAUGGAAAAGUUGAAGCCACUCGAAUGCUAUUGGAGAAAGGGAAAUGCAAUCCAAAUCUUUUGAAUGGCCAACUUAGCUCUCCUCUUCAUUUUGCUGCUGGAGGUGGGCAUGCUGAAAUAGUACAAAUUCUGCUAAAUCAUCCAGAAAUUGACAGACACAUUACUGAUCAACAAGGAAGAUCUCCACUGAAUGUCUGUGAAGAGAACAAACAAAAUGAGUGGGAAGAAACUGCAAAACUGCUGAAGGAAGCCAUAAACAAACCUUACGAAAAAGCACGAAUUUAUCGUAUGGAUGGGUCAUAUCGCUCUGUUGAGUUGAAACAUGGAAACAAUACUACUGUACAACAGAUAAUGGAGGGGAUGCGUUUGUCUCAAGAAACUCAGCAGUACUUCACUAUCUGGAUCUGUUCUGAGAACCUCAGCCUCCAACUGAAGCCAUACCACAAGCCUCUUCAGCAUAUUCGAGACUGGCCUGAAAUAUUCACUGAACUGACAAACUUGGAUCCUCAAAGGGAAACUUCACAGCUUUUCCUGAGAAGAGAUGUGAGACUUCCACUGGAAAUAGAAAAAAAGAUUGAGGAUCCAUUGGCUAUUCUUAUCCUUUUUGAUGAAGCCAGAUAUAAUUUACUGAAAGGUUUCUAUACAUCACCUGAUGCCAAGCUGAUCACAUUGGCCAGUCUGCUUCUGCAAAUAGUCUAUGGAAAUUAUGAGAGCAAGAAACAUAAACAGGGCUUUCUAAAUGAAGAAAAUCUUAAAUCUAUAGUACCAAUCACUAAACUAAAAAGCAAAGCUCCUCAUUGGACAAACAGGAUACUUCAUGAAUACAAGAAUCUCAGCACCAGUGAAGGUGUAAGUAAAGAGAUGCAUCACCUUCAGCGCAUGUUCUUGCAGAAUUGCUGGGAAAUUCCUACUUAUGGAGCAGCAUUUUUCACAGGACAGAUAUUCACCAAAGCAAGUUCAAGCAGCCAUAAAGUCAUCAAAGUUUAUGUAGGAGUAAAUGUAAAAGGGCUGCACCUCCUCAACAUGGAAACAAAGGCUUUACUCCUCAGCCUGAAGUAUGGUUGCUUUAUGUGGCAGUUGGGAGAUGGAGAUACGUGUUUUCAAAUCCACAGCCUGGAGAACAAAAUGAGCUUUAUUGUGCAUACCAAACAGGCAGGUCUCGUCGUAAAACUUCUGAUGAAAUUAAACGGCCAGUUAAUGCCAAGUGAAAGAAAUGAAUGAUGGAAAUGAACAGUAGUUACAAAACAGCAUCUUACGGUGAAGCAAAAACCAACUUCUUUCUGUUCAUAACAGAAGACUUCCAUGUACAUGAAUUUUACACUAUAGAAAAGUCAAUUUGUACAGUUUUUUAACUUUGUACAGAAGCUGCAUGGUUUAUUUUUUUAAAAAAACUAUACAACAUAUCUAUUCUUUUUAUAAAUAUUUUUGUGUUUCAUAUAUAAGCUAUUGUAGGGCUUGAGCUUAACCAGUAAAGCUAAUGAAAUGUAAACAGUUUACUGAGUUGGACGAGCAUGAAUCAAGUAAGGCUUUUGUUUCCAGAGGGCUGUGGGACUGCCAGUGCCAUUAAGCAAGUCUCAGAUAACCUAUUUACCUUUCAUGUCGUUCAUGUGUGGAACGUGAAGGAGGUUGUAUAUAUUACGGUAUUUUGUAGACACUAUUUUUAAGAUACUAUUGAUAAGUAUGCUUAAAAGACCAGUUAGACCUUUGAGCAACUACUUUUGAUAAACUCUUGGGUUUUAUUUCAUUUCUGACAAAUGUUAUAGCUGGCGUUAUUUUUACUCGUCUUUCUCAUACUUUGUAUUUAUUCUAAAAUACUGCAUGAGGAUGUCAAAAGGGAAAUACUUUAAAUCAUUCAAAAGCCAUAUUAAAUGUUUAGCAUGCUUGUUUUUUUAAAAAAAUGGAUUUUUACUUUUGCUGUGCAAUAUAAAAUGUGUAGAUGGAGGAGGGGGAGAUAGAGAUUUACAAAUCAAUCUUACUCAGAGGACUUCAGAAAGUUUAAUAAAUCUUACCCUGGAUUGCAACACAUCUGCAGUAAUGAAAACUCAUAUAGGCGGUACUGAGCUGUUUCUGAUAAACUAAUUUACUUACUCAUUACUUCAGUUUCUUGAGGCUACAAGCAGUGCAGGAUGCAGGAAUGAAGAUUUAUAAUGCAAGAAACUCAGAUAUGUUUUCUAAGCAUUAUGCCUGCUCUUUGAGCAGUCAGGGUUGGGUCUUAACAAGUUGGGUCCCAAGUGUA